AUGUUCAGAUCCAAGGUCCAGGAGAUGAUCCUCAGGAGGAGGUCCAGGUCCAUGAACGGCGCCGCAUGCGCGCAGCACGCCGGCAACUCUUCCACGGCCCCGUGCGACGCCGGCGGCAAGGCUGCUGCUACUGUUGCUUUUGCUGCUCGCGCGCCGUUGUUCGCCGCGCCGAGGCUGCUUCACUCGUCGUCGCUCCCUGCCGGCGACCGCGCCGCGGUCAUCACUGGGAGCCCCGCGCGGGACUCCGAGACGACGGCCGCCUACGCCAUGAGCCCGACCUCCGUGCUGGACGCAUCAGCGGCCUUCGGCUCGACCGUGGACGCCGGCGGGGGCAAGCGCCGGCCGUGGUGCGACGGGUGCGCGGGCCCGCACGGGCUCGCCGACGUGCUCGACUGCGCCCACGAGGCCCAGCGGAGGAAGAGCGUCCUCCGGAGCACCGUCAGAGCGCAGGCGCCGGCUCUUGUCAGGUCGUGCUCCCUGGACCGGCGCGUGGAGUUCGGCGUCAAGAACAAGAGCUCAUGGCUGCCGCUGCGCGCCGCCCGCGCGGGGGCGGCCGAGGAGUCGGAGGACGGACCGUCGUCCGAGGACUACACCUGCGUCAUCUCCCGCGGGCCCAACCCGCGGACGGUGCACAUCUUCGGCGACCGCGUCGUGGAUUUAUCCGCUUGCAGGUGA